GCAAAGAGCCGUGGCUUAGGAAAGCAACACUGCCUCAGGAGGAACGAUACUUGAUUCUGUCUCUUGCACCGAAAGUGGGCAUAUCUUGCAUCACACUAUGGAUAUCGUCUUAGGUGUUGCAGACAGAUACGUCUUUACUAAGUACCAGGUUUAUCCUGACGCCUGGACCGAAGAUUACUGGCUACGACAGUUCCUGAGUCUCUAUGUUAUCGUAAACGUCUUGUUUGUCAUCAGCUAUUUCUUUGCGGCAUCACUGUGCUACAUAUUUGUGUUUGAUAAACGACUCAAGAGGCACCCGUUCUUCUUAAAGAAUCAGAUCCGCCAUGAAAUCAAGAUGAGUCUACUCAGUUGUAUUCAGCAGGCUGUUCUCUUCGCCGCCAUCAUGUUGUUGGAGGUCCGUGGCUUCAGCAAACUGUACAUGUAUGAGGAUAGCGACACAAUUGGAUACACAACUUGGUUCUUGGUCGCCCGUGACGUCAUAGGCAUGGUGGCUUUCUCCGAUUCCGCCAUCUACUGGAUCCACCGCUGGCUCCACCACCGCCUUGUCUACAAACACAUCCAUAAGCAGCAUCACAUGUACAAGAUCACCUCCCCCUUCGCUAGCCACGCAUUCCACCCUCUGGACGGGUUUGCCCAGAGCCUGCCCUACCACGUCUUCCCGUUUCUGUUCCCCAUACACAAGUACGUCUAUCUGGUACUCCUCUUCCUAGUGAACAUGUGGACAAUCAGCGUGCAUGACGGAGACACGCGGGUGCCAGGCCCACUGAAGGCCUACAUCAACGGGACGGCUCACCAUACCGACCACCACCUGUACUAUAACUACAACUACGGCCAGUACUUCACCCUGUGGGACCGCAUUGGAAAUUCCUACCGCACCCCAAUGGUCUUCCAGGGGAAAUCCCCGCUUGAUGACUUGGUGGAUGAAAACUGUAAAGAGGUAGAUGGCAAGGAAGAAGCAACCGUGUCCAAGGGAAAGUUGCACGGCAGUUUGGGGUCCAGACCAGUAAAUAGGACAAAAAUGACCCAAGCCAACCAAAUUACGAUUUGA